CACGCUCAUACCUGGACAGUCGCGUGUGCUCGACGAGGUGAAGGCAAUGCGUAUCGAAGUAUCAAAUGAACUUGCCGAUGUCGUGCGCGAGUCCGGACCCAAGCUGUGGGAUGACUUUGACAUGGAUCGAAUUCCGGUUCCGUCUGCUGGUGCUCCGCCUUCCUCUGGCACACCCGGCCUGUGGCGGCGGAAAAGCAGCACAGGCGGCACGUGGCUUGAUGAGCGGCUCUUCGGCUGGAGCCGCAGCACAGCGCGUGGGACAAGUGCGUGGGCGGGCACGCCGAGCACAGAGAUCAGCCGCGCAUCUUCUCCUGCGCCAUCCGAGGACGAGGUGAGCGAUAACGACAACGUUCUCGGCUACCUCAAAGCCCGUAAGCCUGCUGGGCGAUCGCGCUCGCGCAGCCACCAGAACUCGUGCGCGGACUUGCAGAAGUUGCGGGAGGACGAUGGUUGUGCAAGGGCACUUGCUUCGUCUGAUGAACAAGCGGUGGACUCUGAUGAUGGGGUGCAGAUUCGAAGACGGCGUGAGAGGAGUCUCGGCGACGGAGCCUGA